AUGCAGAAAGCGAAGCAAGCUGCGGAGUCGAUGAAGGAAACGGCCGCCAACAUUGGCGCCUCUGCCAAGUCUGGCAUGGAGAAGACCAAGGCCACCGUCCAGGAAAAGAAGGACAGGAUGACGGCACACGAUCCGAUGCAGAAGGAGAUGGCAACAGAGAGGAAAGAGGAGAGGAUGCGUCAGGCGGAGCUGGAUAAGCGGGAGGCGCGUGAGCAUAACGUGGGGUCCAAACAGGCGGCCACAGCACUGCCGGGAGGCCAAGACGGGAACUAUACCACGGGGACCGGGACAGGGCCGACGGCCACGUACUCGACGGCCACAGGGGCAUAUGGACACCCGUCUGCAGGGCAGCAGUUGUCGGCAAUGCCGGGGCAUGGGACGGGACAACCGACGGGAGGACAUGUGGUGGAAGACGUGGACGUGGUCAGAAGCCGCAAUACGCAAUAUGGAGGGAACAAUAAUGCACCGGGCUAUGGCACUACUAGGUCUGGGGGUAGUUACAGUUAG